UCAUCAAAGUCACGCAUCAUUGUAUCCGUUGCUGUCAUUGCGCUGAUCGUGCUGAUUGGCAUUCUUGCAGUUGUCUUUCUCGGAGGAAGCUCUGCUCCAACCACGUCAAACACCACAGCUUCGCCCUCAAAGGCCGCCACUGGCGGCACCCCCAGCUCUGCCGCCACAUCUUCUUUGGGACAAAAGGUGGUGGUGCUUCAAAAGCCAUCGCAUGUUCCUGCAACGGUUGCACACUCAUCAUCAUCAUCAUCCGAUUUGAUUCCCGGAGUCAGCAACAAGGAUCUGGCUAUGACUGUCGGAGCAACGGCCGUUACGCUCUUACUGAUUGGAGUUGCAUAUAGCCUUGUUAGCUCUUCUAUCGUCUCCGUGAGACGCAGAAACCCUGUGGUUGCAUUGUUUGGCGCCAUUUUUGGCUUCAUGGGCACAUACUUCAAGACAACGGUUACCAUUGGUAGCAUCGUUUUUUCUUUGGUGCUCAUCUGGAUGUUCUGGGGAUUUUCAGUUGCUUGGCAAAAAACUAUCGACUGGGUAUACAGCUCCGCUGGAUAUGUAGGUGGAUAUUUGCCAUCACUGAAUCCCCUCAACUGGUUUAGCAGUUCAAAAGAAACUAAAGCAUCCACUGGAAUCACUGGAACCGCAGAUGCGUCUAAACCCGCAGAUGCGUCUAAACCCGCAGAAGCCCCUAAACCCGAAGAAGCCCCUAAACCCGAAGAAAAACAAGACGGCGAAAAAUGA